AUGAACUGGAUCAAGAAUGCGACGUCGGAUGAGCAGAAGGUCUUGGUCUUCACAGAGACCAAGCGUGGUGCGGACUCGCUUUGUCGCGAGCUUCAGUACCAAAGCCUUCCGGCGGCUGCGAUCCAUGGUGACAAGGAGCAGAGGCAACGUGACAAGACCUUGUUCGACUUCCGGUCAGGACGUUGCAAUGUCCUGAUUGCCACCGACGUGGCACAAAGAGGUUUGGACAUCAAGGACGUCGCCUAUGUGGUGAACUACGAUGUUCCGAAAACGCUGGAGGAUUAUAUUCACCGCAUCGGGAGAACGGCGCGUGGGGGUGCCACGGGCACGGCGGUCACCUUCUUCCCGGCGGACGCCUAUACCCCGGACUUGAUUCGGAUGGCUCGGGCCAUCGGCAAGGCGAUGAAGGAUGUGGGGCAGAAGCCUCCUCAAGAGCUGCUGGACUUGGGCGGAGGGCCUGGCCCGGGCCGGCGCUGA